AUGGGUCGUCAUAAGAAACGCGUGUCAUCCAAAUCGGGUACCUUUAAUGAAGUUACUACACUGUCACCCACGACCGAUGAGGUCGAAGCUCCCCUCACUGUCACUUCUGUAUCCAAUGCUACAAACCCCGCUACCGAAAUGACCGUGGUGGCACCAGAAGAUAAUACAAAGGAAGAAAUCUGGCCUGGAGGAGAUAUCAAAUCAGAUGAAGUGGUGGAUACAACCACUGCGCGAGAGUCAGUCCCGUUGAAUGAGUCUGAACCAAUAGAGCAUGAGAUCCCGGUGGAUGAACACAAUGCUAAUCAUGAUAAUGAUGACACAAUUGCGAAUGUGGACGGCGAAAGUUCCGAGAAAUUGGACAUUUUGGGCAACGGUUUAAUUACCAAACAGGUAGUUGAGAAGGGUUUAGGUCGUGAAACUCGCCCGAAUCACGGCGAUGUCGUCACUGUGAGCUAUCAGUGCUGGCUGGAUGAAGAUGGAACUUUAGUAGAAGAUAUGCCAGAACUUACGUUUACCUUGGGUGAUGGAGAUGUUAUUCACGCUCUGGAUUUGGCCAUACCCUUGGCAGAACUGAAAGAGAAGUUUGAGCUAAUCGCUGAUGCACGAUUCGCGUAUGGUGUUCGUGGCCGCGAACCAGAUAUUCCAGGCAACGCCAGGUUGCGUUAUCACGUUCGACUUCUGGCCUCGGAUGAUCCACCUCAGUACACAACCAUGUCAGGCAAGGAACGACUGACCGUUGCAGAUCAGAAGCGCGAGAAAGGCAAUUACUAUUUUCGCCGUGAGGAAUACGAAUCUGCAAUGAACAGCUAUAUGAAAGCGUUGAAAAUUCUUUCUCCUGACUCAGUUGACCAGACGGAGGUUGACCCUGCGACUACAACCGCAUCCCCCGUGGACGUGUCCCCGGAUUGCUUUCACGAAAUGGAUACUCUGAUCUUGAAAUUGCACAACAAUUUGGCCGCCACACAACUGAAGGUAAUUUAUCGUGAUUUCCCCAAGCCGUCUGUUUAUGAAUGA